CUGAUGCCUCAGAGCCAGCCACUGCAGUCCUCGCAAGCCCAGCCUCCUGUGCUGACACAGAGUCAGAGCCUCCCCCCACCUGCUAAUCACCCCCCGUCCGGACUCCAUCAGACUUCCAUCUCCACAUCAGCAGCCUCUAGUGGAAAUGUGCCGGUGGUGACAGCCUGCACGCUACCACCUAUCCAAAUCAAAGAAGAAGUCCCAGAUGAAGCUGAGGAACCAGAAAGCCCUCCCCCUCCACCCAGAAGUCCAUCACCAGAACCCACUGUGGUGGAUACGCCAAGUCACGCUAGUCAGUCGGCCAGGUUCUAUAAGCACCUGGACCGUGGCUACAAUUCAUGCUCGAGAGCAGACUUAUACUUCAUGCCUCUGGCAGGAUCGAAACUGGCCAAGAAGAGAGAAGAGGCCAUAGAAAAGGCCAAAAGAGAAGCAGAGCAGAAAGCGGAAAGAGAAAAGGAAAAAGAGAAGGAAAGAGAGAGGGAGCGGGAGCGUGAAAGAGAAGCUGAGAGAGCUGCGCAGAAAGUAUCCAGCUCCUCCCACGAAGGCCGCCUUGGAGAGUCUCAGCUCAGCGGGCCGGCACACAUGAGACCUUCCUUCGAACCCCCGCCGACGACCAUCGCUGCCGUGCCUCCCUACAUCGGCCCCGACACGCCCGCCCUGCGGACGCUGAGCGAGUACGCCCGUCCUCAUGUCAUGUCUCCAACAAACCGCAACCACCCCUUCUUUGUCCCCCUGAACCCCACCGACCCCCUGCUGGCCUACCACAUGCCUGGCCUCUACAACGUGGAUCCCACCAUUCGGGAGCGAGAGCUGCGCGAGCGGGAGAUCCGGGAGCGGGAGAUCCGGGAGAGGGAGUUGAGAGAGAGGAUGAAACCUGGCUUUGAGGUGAAGCCCCCGGAGCUCGAUGCCCUGCACCCGGCUACUAACCCCAUGGAGCAUUUUGCCAGGCACGGUGCACUGACUAUUCCCCCAACAGCAGGACCUCACCCGUUCGCUUCCUUCCAUCCGGGUUUGAACCCCCUCGAAAGAGAGAGACUUGCCGUGGCAGGCCCCCAGCUGCGGCCUGAGAUGAGCUACCCCGACAGACUGGCGGCGGAGCGGAUCCACGCGGAGCGGAUGGCCUCGCUCACCAACGACCCCUUGGCACGGCUCCAGAUGUUCAACGUCACCCCUCACCAUCACCAGCACUCACACAUACACUCGCAUCUACACCUACAUCAGCAGGAUCCCUUACAUCAAGGUUCGGCAGGACCUGUUCACCCACUGGUGGAUCCUUUAGCAGCUGGACCCCAUUUGGCACGUUUUCCCUACCCACCUGGGACCAUCCCCAACCCAUUGCUAGGGCAGCCACCUCAUGAGCAUGAAAUGCUCCGACAUCCAGUCUUUGGUACUCCUUAUCCACGAGAUCUGCCUGGUGCCAUUCCACCUCCUAUGUCAGCAGCCCACCAGCUGCAGGCCAUGCAUGCCCAGUCAGCAGAGCUGCAAAGACUGGCAAUGGAGCAGCAGUGGUUGCAUGGGCAUCCUCACAUGCACGGUGGUCAUCUACCAAGUCAGGAAGAUUAUUACAGUCGACUGAAGAAAGAAGGCGACAAACAGUUGUAAUAAAUUAUUUAUUUGUAAUGCUGGCUAUGGAAACCCCAGUCCUUGGGAAGGAGUGGAACAUUUUUACAUACAAUAAGAGCUACAAAAGGAAAAGAAUAUCUUAUAAAGAUUUCUUUAUAUAUUUAAAACAGAAACAACCACCCAACAAGUAGAGACUUAUCAGCAUAGUGUUCAUUUGUAGAGAAGAUUUCUCAAGACUGGCGUGGGUCUCCCUGCAUGACAACGUAUUCAGAAGCCUAUUGAAAAUACAGGACUGUGUGGAAUAUUCAGAGAACUUCCUGCAAUCUUGUUUUUUUUUUUUUCUUACUAGUUUGUUUUGAGUAGGUGCUAGAAUCAGGUUCACAACACAAGUCACUGUGCGUGAAGAGACACUCAAUGCAUCUAUAGCUAUUUUAAAAAAAACAAGGAUUGCAAGUAGGUGACGUAACAAGCUCUGAAUCCAAGUGCUAUAAUAAUAAAAAUUACUUUUAUUUUAAUACAUUGUAGGAAAUCUUCAUAAUUUUAAAGAGAGCUCAGUUCUGCAGCAUGGCUUUUUAAGUCUGUAAAUAACUUUUUUUGGGUAGAGGGGAGAAACAAAACAAAACAAAACUCCAGAAAC